CCAUAAAGAGCCGAGGGACGCAUCCGACAGGAGGUCUGAAAAGACGAACAAUGAACCCCAUGGACCUCGUUCAUUCCACUCUUGCAGGACAAUCAGACGUCUUGGAGACAUUUACAAGGGAGGAUGGAGAACCCAAAGGUGAACAACUCAAGAUGUCCUACUGGACGCUGAAGAUCACCGUACUGAAGGCCGCGCUGCAAGAAAAUCCACAAAGGUUGGAUGGAGUCGACUGCUACGUCACUCUGUCUCUCCCCACGGCGACGGCCAAAGUCUUCCGCACAAACACCGUGAACAAAACUAUCAACCCAGUUUGGAAUGAAUCGUUCACCUUCGUUGUUCCAGCGCUGCUGAAAAACGUUCUGGAGAUCAAACUGUAUGAUGAAGAUAGUAAAUCGAUGGACAAUCCUGAUGGCCUGUUAUCCAAGAAUCAGUUUGACAUCCACAGCCUCACUGUGGGGAGAAAGGAGACCAAAGUCUUUGUGCUGAAUGACGGGUCGAAGGGUGAACUUGAGAUGGAGUUUGAACUUCUCCAGAGUGAUGAAAAGCCUCUUCAAUACAUCACUAAUGGCAUUCUCAUGGCUGCUCCGCUCGCCACUCUUGAUGCCAACGUUGAGAAGCUCGGUGCAGACAAAGUGCUGAAGCUGCAGGGUGCCUUCGAAGAGAUCCCGAAGGUCCAGUCAGAGAACCAAAAGAAAGUGUGUUUCCACUUCAACAGAGACUUUGACCCAGAUCUGGGGGUUUUGUCAUCACCUAAUGAUCCGAUGAAGACUUCGGUAAAACUCCGAUCUUUGCCAGAAGACUACACGGGAAAGGUGUUGCUCACUGACGCUCAGGAUACUGUGGAUUUAGACCUGGAAAUCCAUCUGUGCCAGGAGAAACAACCCGCAGUUCGCAUCAGCCAUGACAUCCCAGCACAGGAGAAGGAGUACCUGGUGAAGAGGAAGCCCAUAGUGGCACAAGCUUUGAAGAAGGCUUUAGGCCUCAGCGCUGUACCUCAACUCAAAAAGGUUCCAACUAUAGCAGUGGCAGGUUCAGGCGGAGGCUCUCGAGCAAUGACGGGCCUGCUGGGUAGUCUGAGGGGUCUGAAGGAAAUAGGAGUCCUGGAUGCUGUCACUUACCUUACUGGUGUUUCUGGAUCCACCUGGGCGAUGUCUGCCCUGUAUCAACAUGCAAACUGGUCACAGCAGGAGUUAAACAACAUCAUCAAAAAAGAGAAAGAACUCAUGACAACGGGCACCUUGGAAGUCUUACUUAAGAAUGUGAAUUACUGCGUAAAGGAGAGCACGGACAAGUGUGAGGAGCAGGGACAUGUUUCACCCUUUGUUGAUUUUACCGGACUGCUUCUCGAGCAACUUGUUUUCGGGGAGAAAGUCGGGAAAACCCUGUCUGAGCAGCAGAUGAAAGUGAAUGAAGGUCAAAACCCUUUACCAAUUUACACCGCUGUCAUUAUGAAGGAUGAUGUACAGACACGUAAAAACGAAGCUGAGUGGUGUGAGUUCACCCCAUAUGAGGCCGGUCUAUCAAAGUAUGGGGCAUCUGUUCCCACAGAAGAUUUUGGAAGUGAGUUCUUCCUUGGUCAUAUGAUCAAGAGACAUCCCGAGAUCCGCCUCCCGUUUCUGAUGGGAAUGUGGAGCAGUGCCUUCUCUGCAAACCAGAAAGAGAUACUGGACUAUUUCUUGAAAAACGUCUUGGGCAAAACCUCAGAGACAGGUGAAGAACCCAGCGGUGAGCCUUCAAGUGGGGAGAGUUUCAGCAACCGUCACUUCUUUGUUGCUGAAUACUACAAUUUCAUGCGUGGUCUUUUCCUGCACUGCAACUAUGGUGAACAUCACAACUUUCAAGCCAGAACAGCUUCACACCCGGACUCGUUCCCAAACCAGCUGACUGCCACUGACCCCACCCUGAAGCUGAUUGACUCUGGUCAUGCGAUCAACAUUGGCUGCGCGCCAAUCCUGCAGCCGGAGAGAGACGUGGAUGUUAUCAUCUGUCUGAACUACUCAUGGGAGCCAAUCUUUGAGGUCAUCAAAAAGACUGCCGUCUACUGCAAAGAUCACUGCAUCCCGUUCCCCAACGCAGAUUUUGCCAGUCUGGAAAAUGAGCCAAAGAAGGAGGUCUACAUCUUCGAGGACAAGGAGAACCCCAAAGCUCCCAUCGUGAUGCUCUUCCCCCUCGUCAAUGAUUCAUUCAAACACUUCAAAAGCCCUGGGGUGAAACGCCAGACUGAGGAGGAAAUCCGGGCUGGGGAAGUGGACGUGAGCAGUGAAAAUUCUCCGUACACAACCAAGCACAUGCUUUACAAGCCAGAGGACUAUCAGGCUCUCAUCGACCUGACCUCCUACAACAUCCUGAACAACAAGGAGACCAUCGUCCAGGUCCUCCACAAAGCUCUGAAGAAGAAAGACGAAUAAAAGAGAAACUUAAGAAAUGGGGCUUUUAAGGAAGCAGGAAAAA